CUUGCGUUCGCAUUCGGGUUAAUUCUUAACAUCAUCAUUCUUCGGGAGUUGACCUCAACACUAGGAUAUCAGGAUACCACCUCCAGAACUUCGGCGCAACUGUCAGGUUGUCAGUGUAUACAUAUUUUCUUUCGCUGGGGUUCGAUGUAACUUGCCUUAUUCCACCCAGGCGCAUAUUCCACUGCCACCAUAUCUCUGAUAUAUUGGCAACCGGAUAGAUACGCCUUCACAAUUACAUAGGGUCGGAGGGCGUAUUCCUCUCUUUAACCUUUCCCACGCUGAAUCGGUUCCACUCGCUAACUCCCUCUUCUUCCGCCGGUCCGUGAAAGCAUGAAGAAUAAGCACAUACAACAUAUCCAGGUGCUCGAAAUUCCUCCUAUUGCUCUAUGUAGUGAGGUAUGAGGUGAACCCCCUCUUGAGGAUAUCCUUUCAUAUACUUACUCUACGUCUCCAUGAAACUAACUCAUUUCCCUUGUAUGUAAUGUACAUGUACAUGAAUGAGAUUAAUAGUCACCCGUGUUCAUUGUAUGAGGUGUUAGCGAAAUAAAAGCUGCAAUAUUUGCGUCAAACUAAAUAACAAGCUCGUCGAUUUAGAAAAAGGAACAUGAAUUCAGAAGUGACACACCCCCCCUCCAAAGCUCACUCCUCUCCGCUCAAUUGUCACUUGAAGGUUUGGGUUUAUCUGAAUGCACCAAUCAGAUCCACGGCUUCAUAUGAUCCACGUGACUUUCGUUCGACUUUGAAUUUCUCAUUUUAUAUUUUUUUUAACUCAUUACUUUGUUUCUUUUUAAAAUUCAUAAAAACGCGUCGACUAUUUCAUUUCGAGGGAAUAUAUCUAAUGUAAAAUGAUCAAAAAAUUAGAAUCUCCUUUUUAGCCAACUAGCGCAAUUUUUUUUACGAUACAAAAUGCCGCCUCCUAACCCGCCGUCCACGAAAGAUGACGAAGGCGUCGUCAAGGUCUGCAUAGACAAGACGUUUACGGAUGGAGACAUAAAUCGCUGGCCGACAGAGUCGCGAUUUGAAAGAGAAGAUCCGCGUCUUUAUUUGCUGAAAUUGGCUAAUAUGUGGAUGAAAGCGAGAGGCGAGGCAAGACCAGGGAAACAAUAUAUCCUGGACCAACUACCCGAAGGAUAUGUAUAUAUGUCUCGAGCACGCCAACAAAAUCCCGAGCUUCGGGACAAAUAUCUAUACGGCCACCCAUCAGGAUACUACUAUAACUCUCCAAAUAGAUUCUGGCCUCAUUUCUACUAUUUAAUGACUCAUGGUGCCACUCCAUGCGGCUGCGAUAUCUGCAAAGCUGGUAAGCAAGCAGCUAAGUACGACGACCCUACCAUGGCGGGGCAGCGCCGCAAACCUGGACCUAAACCUAAGCAGAAGCUUGGUGGGGUGAGCAAAUCCGCAAAUGGUGCAGGAAACAGGUUCGGGCGUCCUCAAAGGAGAAACUAUCUGGCUGAGGAUGAGGAGGGAACACCAGACGUGUUCAAAAUCCUAGUCUCCAAACUAAAGGAAAGAGGCAGCAUCGACCAAUCGAUUAAAGAACCAUUAAGCAUGGAUUGGAGAGCACAACGCAACACGCUACAAGAACAUCUAACUAGAACUUUUAUGCAACAUUCGUUUAUCCCUCGGCUUGGCGAACUUGUUCUCUGGUGCUACUCCUUUCAGGGGACAGAGCUUAAAUUCAACUGGGUGACUGAAAAGUUCGAAGUGUAUUGCCGGAAAACGCGAAAAUUCCUUGGCACCCCUGAAUGGCGAGCGGGAACUGUGGCGCAAACGGCCGAGGAACCUCCUGUUCUUGAAGACAUUGUUACGGAAACCAAGAAAAGAUUUGCUGUCAACAUAUCUGGUUUCCGGAUAGAGACAUUCCCGGACCCAAAUAGCACUGACAAGAACCUCUCGCGCCAAUACAAAUAUGUACCCCUGAACUGCAUUCGGCCUCUGAACUACUGGCAGAUAUUUCUGCAAGGCGUCCUUCCUGACGACUAUCACCCAUCUAUUAAAAACGCGCUCACGGUCAUGCCUUCGUGCUCCGUGGUCGAUAAGUACCAUUUCAAGGGCACGUGGCCGGACGCGACGGUAUAUUGUAGAGGCAUAUUUAUUGGCUCCGAAUUCCUAAUAAAGGGUGAUGGCGUUAGACUCACACCACGCUCACCAUCACUUUCGGCAGAUCCAUACAACCGUGUCACCGAUGUGCUAGUCAUCGAGAGUAUCCAGGUUAAGCUGAGGAACUGCGACGCCGACCUUGCGUCUCCCCUGCUAUGUCAGUCAACUGCAGUUCGACUUGUGGGCAAAGCUUACACGCUAUCUCCAAAAAAUGCCUAUCGAGAGCCGGAUUCAACUAUGGCUCCGAGACCCCUUUCAGAUGAAGAAGUCAUCAAUUCUUUUGAGUGCGUGGGAAUGAGUGGCUAUGGCACAUGGUACCGCAUGCAACCAGAGAAGACACGUGUUCAAAUAUCCCUAGAUCAUGUUGUCGGCCGUUGCUACGAAUCGGAGGUCAUGUCCCUCAUGUUCGAUGAGAUCUCGCUGGGCAUCGACCUGGAAGGGGUGACGGCGGGCCGUGAAUAUGGCCGAUUGACCGAUCAACGAUUAGCCCCGGGCAAAGAGUGGUUCUUCGGAGAUACCAGGGUCGAGACCCUUGCGCUGGAAAGCUUGAAUUUGGAGGAAGUUGGCAUAUACGAUGACAUGCGAGAUCCCAAGAUGUUCCGCGCAAAUCUGCAUAUUAUUGAUGGCAACGCCACGGGCGCAGAUAUCAGAGAUGCCAAAAUUCCCCGCGCAAUGGGCAGGCCACCACGGGCGGGUCUCAUUGGCGGCAGAACUACGUCGUCCACGUUUGAAAAAGUGGGUAAGAUGACUUCGCUGGUGACUAGCGCGCUUGGGCCGCUGGAGGCGUCGGCAAACCAGACACCAAUGGACCUUACGUCUGCUGCUGGUUCGGAUGUCAGUGGGGGUAGUGAGAGCAGUGAAAGUGACGACCUGCAGACUGCUCUCCAGCAGAUACCUCUGAUCCGUGGCGGAACAGAGGAGAGCGAGGGCGGUGAUUAUAGGCCGAGCGGUUCGAAGCCGAAAAAGGCUAAAUACGCGUGACCUUACAUUCCGGCGUUCUGAUUUGGACAAGUUUUAUUUUAU